AUUUAGGCUCAUGUACGUUAAACAUAUUGUUUAUGAAAGGCGGUAUUGCCAUUUUUAUUUUAGAGCGGAUUGAUGCAAAAUACUAUACAGGUAGUAUUACUUUGCUAAACAUAUUCCAGAAAUUUCUCUUAAAGUAAAUUGGUCACAACUCUAUUGAAGUAACUCAGCCUGAACUAUUUUUUUUUUUAACGAUGGUUUUCACUACUCUGCAUGUAGAAUACUGAUAAACGUUUUUAUAGCUGCUUUACGAAAUAAUAGGUAUUAGCAGGUAGAAAUAAAACACCUUUGAAUCGUUUUUUUAGUUAUGUAGAAUAGUUGCUAACGGCCCUCUUAUUGUGUUUGCUUUGGAAGGUCUUCAUUUUACAAAAUUAGCCAACACCAGCAGGUAUCAUGAAAAAAUAUUGCUCUUCAUCCAUGUUUACUCACAUUAGAUUAAGAAAAGCAAUAAUUAAGAGUUCGCAUUGUUAUUUGUACCAUGUAAACAAUAGAUUGGAUUGCAAUUCAUUUUCACUUAUACCAUAUCAUCUAGUAAUUUGUUAUACUCGGGGAAAUCAAAAUUAUCUCGACUGUGUUAUCAAUAGCACAGCAGGCACAUAUCACUUUGGUUGAAGAGGACAAAUAACAAAUAUAAAAUGUGUGAGAGGCUAAGAAAAAAUACUUGCCUUAUAUUACUUUUUGCUGUUUUGGCUAAAACCAAAGAUAAUUUGCGUAUCGCAUUCGAGUGGAAGGAGAUGGACUUUAAAUAUGAGAAUGCCGAAGCACGUUGGACGGCAAUUGAAAAUCACGAAUUUCGGCCAGAUAACGUUAUACCUUUUGGGUUGGAAGUAUAUAGGUCACGAAUGUAUGUUGCUUUGCCACGAUGGCGAGACGGUGUACCAGCGUCAUUGGCUUAUUUUGAUAUCAAUGAAAAAUCUACAAAAUCACCACUACUCAUUCCUUUCCCUAGUUGGGAGGCACAUAAUCUUGCCGACUCGGAUCCAGAGCUUGUUUCUCCAUUUCGAAUUCGAGCUGAUCGCUGUGGCCGACUAUGGGUACUAGACUCACGUAUUGCAGGCGUUUUAGAGAAUACAACUAUAUUUGGAACUGCCCAGUUAUUAGUUUAUGAUUUGCAUAAUGAUAACCUUUUACGUCGCUACAAAUUUCCUAACAGUCAUAUGAAACAAGGCUCCUUCUUCGCAAAUUUAGCGGUAGAGGACUCUAAUUGCCAAUAUUCUUUUGCCUAUGCUGCUGAUUUAGGUGCCCCUGGUCUAAUAGUUUAUUCAUGGGCACAAGAUGAUUCAUGGCGUGUACAGCAUAAUUUCUUUCAUCCUGACCCAUUAGCUGGAAAUUACAGUAUAGAUGGUAUAGAAUUUCAAUGGGAUGAUGGUUUGUACGGUUUGGCCCUAUCUAAACCACAGGAAGAUGGCUUUGCUAUACUAUACUUUCAUCCACUCAGCUCUACAACUGAGUUUUCAGUUAGUACAAGUGUUCUUAGAAACAAAACCUUAGCUAGUUCUGGUGAAAUCUACCAUAACUUCAAAGUUUUAGGAGCGCGUGGUUCAAACGGACAAGCAGGUGCAGCAUUUAUAGACCCACGUACCGAAGUAUUGUUUUACACAUUACCAAAUCUAAAUGCUCUGGACUGUUGGAGUACAACUAAUACAGAUUAUUCUACCGAUACUCAAGGGCGUGUUUACACGAGUGCGCAAGAAUUCGUAUUUCCCAGCGAAGUAAAGGUCGAUACGGAAGAUAGAUUAUGGGUACUUUCGAAUAAAUUACAAGAAUUCAUUUAUGAUGAGCUCUAUCCUGGCAGAGUAAAUUACCGUGUUUUUACUGCGAAUGUUGUGGAUGCAAUCGCAAAUACUGUAUGCGAUACCAAGAUGAAACCGCUACCAGAAAUAGUUGAAACUGAAUUAGAUACGAUACUGGACGCAGUGAUAAACUCUACGAAAGAGGUAUCUGCUUCAGGUGUGGUAGUGAAAAGCUUAAGCGGAAUCAUCGUACUCAUAGCCGCGGGUUUACUGAUAUUAGUAUAAUUUUUAAUAUUAUCUAGAUAGUUUAAGUCCAACUAAUCGUAUUUUGUAUGUAAUAAUAGAAAAUUAAAUAUUUAGUAUAGAAGAAUUUGAUUAAAUUUCUACCAAUAUUAUAACUUUUAAUGUUAUAAAAUACUAUCUCCUUAUUAAUUGAGUAUAGAAAAUGUUGAGGAUAAAUUUUAA